GAGAACUACUAUAAUCAUACGUCGAAACGUACUCGAUAACUCGCCAACGAAUGUUAUUUCUCUCCAGAGCAACGCCAUUCUAUUGUCGGAUUCUUCUCUGGUUGGCAAUAGAGAUUAAACCAUGCCUCGUCGUCUAUGGCGGCGGUAUCCUCCAGGCAGGUUUUUGUUGUUGAUUAAAGUUCCGUAAAUUCCAUACUUACAUACAUCAGCUGGCUUAGAAUCAAUUCGCAGAAGAUUCAUUUCUACUCAGUUUCGCAUUUUCAGUUUUUCGGUUAUGAUUUUCUAACACAUCACAUAGGAAAUGCCGGUGUUGGCCAACAGAGCCUUUAGAUUCUAUGCUCUGAGUAAAAAGCCUCCUCGAUUGUGGCAGAGCGUUUUUAUCCUUCAGGUUCAAACAUCUGAUCACUUCCUCGGUGAUUUUCAACACCAUAAGCUCCCGUAUUGAAAUGCUUACACCAUUCGCGUACUAUGCUUUCGCUUAGAGUCUGCUUACCUAACGUUUUCAUCAAUCUUCGAUGAAUUUCCGCAUUGCUAGGGCAUUGAAGAAACUAAAACUUGGCCAGUGAGCGUUGAUGUUCGAGACAAAUUUUUUCUUCUAAUUAAUUGUUUUUGUAUUUUCCUUUUAAUAAAUUGUUUUUAGAGUUAACUAAAGCGGCUUUCAUUUAAUAGUUUUCAGAAAACGGCAUACUUACCAACCAAAGUUCAUCUGCGGCACCUAAUUCAGGAACCAUUUUAUUUCAGCGUUUGUCGCAUUCGCUUGUAACAGCUUGAUGACAUAUCUCAUAAAUACAUUUUUUUCUCUUUUGUUCUUCCUGUUUUUUUUACCCGCGUUGUAUGGAUCGGAUUUAGUGUCUCUUAAAUAAGCUAAUAGUGCAGGGGGUAGAAGACAGACUUAAUUAGCCCAGGGUAGAUAAAAGCCCUUACGAACUUGAGUGGACUUUUGGCCUAAUUGUGAAUAUGAGAUACUAAUUGACCAGAAGUCGACGGUAUACAUUCCGUCUUAUUUAAUCGUCUAAUUCUAAUGUGCCUUCAGUUACCAAGGUGUUCACAAGCCAGCCUCUGAAUGGCAAGCUUCAUCAACUGUGUGUAUCGUAAAGGUAUUAACGAGCAAUGCCAUUACCAUUAUAUUGUGAUCUAGUAAGUCAGUCCAAAACGAUUCACCGAGAAAUAACUACGGCUGAUGAUCGCUGUUAGUGGGGCCGCUUAUGAUCUGGUCGAGUCAUUAUAUCGUGAACAAUUAAAGACUCGAUUUCAUUACGUGCCGAAGUGAUUCAAUUAUUAAUUGUAAUUUACUAAAUUUGUACCUUUAUACAAGAACUUAUAAAAGGAUGGAAUUGCAUUGGAGGCUUGACGUACUGUGGUUUUCUAUGAAUUGAUACUUCAUGGGAAUCAUGCAAGGUGUAACCUCAUUUCGAGAGGGACCGAGGAAAAUCGGAAUUAUGUACAAAGUAGCCUAGGGAUAUUUUUUCAAGAUUCCAUCUGUACUAAAUGUAUAUUAUCCUAUCCGAAAACAGGCUGUAGAAAAUAUACGUCAAAAGCCACGGUUAGAAUCUGUAAAAGGGCCCGCCUAAAAGUCGAGUUUUACAUUUUCUCUGGUAUGAAAAGUAUAUAUACGCGUAUAUAUUUACAUAACCUGUUAAGGUUAACAUAAUAGUAAAGGAAGUUAUCUACCUAAAGCACUCUAUAAACACACAUAGGAGUGUGUACGAGCAGGUUUUUUACUCACUCAAAUUUUUAUUCAUCCGGUUCGAUUUGUAGGAGAGGCGGACAGAAGCAGAAGAAGAUGGUUCAAGAGCGCGAAAAAAUUAAUGGAAACUUGGGCGGCCCCCAUACAUUGCCGCUUUUUUUAGGUUUUAAUUUGCUAGUAAUCUUAAUAAUCUUCUUCAUUGCUUGAUUUAUUACUAAAUGACUUUCAGUAGAAGAAGCGUUAUUGUAACGUUGUAACGUUAUAAGUGUCCCAUCAAAGCAACUCCUGGAAGUCUAGAGUUAAGUUUAUGCAAUGCGGUGCUACGAUGACAACAUUAACAAAUUCUUAAGGCGAACAAAGGAUGGGUUUAGCCAAGAGUGCGAUUUGGGACUCGUGAUUUUCGCUCAUUUCUGUCUAAUUCAGCUUACGUACUGAGUGGUUGUUUGUAUAGCAAACCGAAAUUAAUGUAGUGAAAAUUAGUUAGGGCCAGACCUUGGUAUCUGCUUCGCAAUAACCGUCACCAUUAUGUAAGCAAGUUUAGCGUAUUCGCUGACAUUAUUUAUAAAAUUCUAUUUAAGCAAACAACUCUAUCACAAAUCUAUCGAAGAUUUUGACGUGUCUGAUUGCGUUGAAAACCCACGAUCGAAUAUGAUUUUCAUUUCAAUGUAUUACAAGUUGUGCCAUCGAAAUAUGCUAAUUACCGCUUCGGACGGACUUCAGAAGUAUUAUUUAAGCCGAUAGGCUUGACCAUUUUGAGGCAGCUCUUGGUUCAUCGAGGUUUGUCGAUGACACGCUGUUGGUCUGGGCCCAUAUGAUUUUCCGGUUUGUCAUGUUAGCUAAAGCCAAGUUUCGUAUUGGUCAUAGGUCUCUGUUAACUCUGAAGGUUAUAAGCAUAAUCUUUGGAAUAUGCGUCACAACGCCUGCUGAAAUUUAUUAUUUUCUGAUAAACGAAGCAUUUUAGGAGAACAAUAAAUAAAUUAGCUUUUGUCGGUCCCAUAGGAGUGCUGUUUGGGUUGAGGUUAGUAUUUAGCUAAGAGUGCAAUGGUGUUCACUCUAUUUCACUCAAUUGAUACGCGGUAAAAGCGGCCUAUAUGUUGUCGGUCGUUCACUAAACCGUCCCUCAGUGUGGUAGCACCCGCUCGAAUAUAUUUUUGGGUACGUGAGGAGGAGCAUUUUAUUUUCAAUGGCCAGUAAAUAUGGGCAGGCGAUCCAAUUAUAGCGCUUAUCUAUCCGCAUAGAUAUGUUUGAAGGAGGUGUGCCCCGGUGGUAAUUGCCCGAGGUUGUUGUUUAUACUGCCGAGAUCAGAUGAGGCGAAUCAGUAGUGAUGUCUACGUGCAAAGACAUGUGUGCAGAGCGAACCCGUUCAUCGUCACUUGGACGGGCUCGUGGCUAUCGAGCACGAUACUGGGCGUAUUUGCUUGAUAACCUACAAAAAGCAAAAGAUGAAAUCUGUGAUGUCUGUGAGCGCGACCAGGAUAUUCUGGCAUGCAAGGAAGCACUGCUCGUCCUUAACAACUACUCAAAAGAAUUAAUAGCUCUUAUUGAGCUGAUUCGGCUGAAUGACAAACUUGAGAAAACCCCCGAGCCUUGCAGACCAUCUUCACUAUCAUGGGAGGUUCGAAAGCCUGGAGGAAGCCUCAGUCGCAUGGCUCGUGUAUCACCUGUGCCCCCGCGAUACUCCCCGCUACCUCAAGCAAAGGAAACGUGUACCGUUGCCGUACAAACCAUCAAUUCCGGACAACUUUCUGACGAUAAUCGAACGCGAGUUCCGCCCCCUACGCCCAAUCGACCUGCAAGUGGCCUUGCAACUAGGGUGACUUCAAAGAACUCACCGUCGUCGCCCGUUCCUAUGAAGUCCAUUUUGUCGACGCGCAAUACGACUCAAAAAGCACCACUUGCCGUUACUCCCGUGACCAAAAAACCCUUGGGUUUAGCGGUCUCGCAUGCCCGGAAGUUGUUGGCAUCUUCACCAACCUCAACCCUCAGGAAACAAAUUGUACCUAAGACAGCAGGUCCUCCUCCGGUCAAACAGACUACAUCGUCCUUGCUAAGGCGCUGUGCAACUACUAUGGGGGCCGAUACUAAAACUAUCUUAUCACAAAGGACUCCGAACGUCACUAAGAUGAGCGAGUCAACAAGCUCCCUAAGCAGCUCCACCUCAAGCAAGUCAUGGGCGGAAACGGUCAAAGGUGGCUCGAUGCGCGCAUUAUCAGUUGCAAACAACGGGCUCGGUGUUAAUGUCGAUUCAAAUAAUGAGACGAACAAUGACGACGAUGGUUGGAAGGUUGUCAAUCAUCACAAAGUGAAGGCGAAGUCUCCGAGUCCAUUGGUAAUUCGAUCUCCUUCUGUGCCGGAAAUUAUUCGGAAGCGGCCCUCGGGUUCGCCGGCCACUGUCUUCAAGAGGCCAUCACUGUCCCUUCCCCAAAAUGAGUCCUGGAUUACAAAAUCGCUACCAGCGCUAACUCAAAAGCUGGCCACAGUGCAAGGAGCGCAGUGUGGUGGAACUAUGCCACCACUGCAGAAAAGUCACACAACUUUUUCGAUCGUACAACGACGUGACAAGGAAAAUGAUCCUGUACCACCAAAAGUCGUGCACAAGACUCCUCAACCUAAAAGCGCCCCGAUAAAGGCUAGCGUCAGGCCGGUCUCAAAAGUCGCGCCAACCCGAGUAGCUAUGGUAAAACCUACAACAAGAACUUCAAGUGUCACAUCCAGGGCUCAAGAAAAAAGUAGGCCAAACGCAACGGUUGCAGAUAAACUCAGACAGGAAACGGAUAAUAAGGCCAAGGCGGAAACAAACAAGAUUAAGAGGGAUUCAACCAUAAGAAAAUCACAAGUAAAUGAGAGAUCUAGUGUAUGUGAAAAGGCUACAUAUGCAUAUAUACCUCUUGAUAAGCGUAGUUCAGGGUCAGCUGAGGAGAAAAGUUCAACAUCUUCGAGCAUGGAAGUCAGUACAGAGUCUGUGACUCUCGGUGACAGCCGUAAUGAUCCCCAAGGAGUACCCCAGGAGCUUACCAUAUUCAUUCCAGAGUCAGUACGAAGCGAUUCUGUCAGCGAGGUGAGUCCUCGCAGUGUGGAUAAGAACAUUUCGACUGAUGGGCCGUUUGAAGGGGAUUUUUUCACUGACCGCAUGGCGGCCGCUAUCUGGAUUAAUAAGCAGGGCUUGUCGCUGGCUGAUCAGGUUGAAUUCUUGGACCAAAUUGAGCAACGCGUGCCAGGACGGGCUACCAAGGUUCAUGAAAAGCUUUCGUCGCCUAGGAAGGGCGUCACAGAAGAGACGCUACGAAAGCACGAACAACGGCAAGCUAAGGCCCAGGAACAUCGUGAUCGACUAAAAGAAGAGAGAGCACAAAAUUAUCGCGAUAUCCUACGUAAAGUCGAAGAGCAUAAAGCUGCCAAAGAAGAAGAAUCCAAAACUCUCUUACAGCGGGCCAAGGAGAAGCAGGACAAAGCCGAUAAAAAUCGCGAGGAACAACUUCGCCGUAAAGUACAGAAGGCCCAUGAUGAAAAAGAGAAGGUACAGGAGAUCGCGUUCAUAAAUACGCUCGAGGCACAGAAUAAACGUCAUGAUAUCUUCGAGCGAGAAAAGGAAAGUGACAUGAGGAUACAAGAGCGCCAAAAGAAACAUCAGCAAAAACUUGAAGAGAAGGCGGCUCGAGAGGCGGCCGCUGAAGAACGCCGAAAAGCCCUCGAAGAAGAAUGGCAAGUUAAAGUGAAUGAGAUCCUCGAACGGCGCGCCGAUCGGGAUCGUAAACUGCAGCAACAGCAACAGGAAAAGGAAGCCAAACGCCAGGCGAUUUCAAAGAUCAAUGAGUUAGUUAGAGAACGAGUUAACGCACCUGGCUGUACACCGUACGAAACGAAGAAGAUGUGCAGCGCCUGCAACGUUCUUAUUACAUCCGAAGUGUAUCUACUGAGUCAUCUGAAAAGCGGUAAGCAUCAGGAGGCGAUGCUGAGGGAUCAAGAGAGCUAUGAUACGCUGUCAGAAGACAUACAUUCAUACAGUCUGAAGUACAUCAUCGAUGCGCCGAUUGAUGAGAAACUGAUCGCGGAGACUGAGGCCCUAAGGAAACACCUUAAAGCCAUUCAGAAGAAGAGAUGUCGUAAGCUGAAGCAGAAAAUCCUUCUGAAAAGCAAGUUGUAUGAAAACCAACAAGCUGAGACCAAUUCAUCGCCUGCUGCGAAAGAGAGAAAGAGCCGACCAUUAGACAAACAGCUGCGGGAACUCGCACGUGUGCUGCAACAGAACAAAAAUGUCAAGGGUGUCUGGACAACGGACGCGUGCAAUGCACUUGAACGGCCUCUCGGCGAUUUAGAACGUUUAGGUGGGAAAUCUGCUCAGGCUGACCAGCAACUGGCGGAAUAUCUUUCCUCAAGGGAUUGUUUACCUCUACUCAUCGAGAUCGCCAAAUUAGUGCAGCGCAACAACUUACUGGUGUCAAGUGUGAUCCCAGCCAAAGCAUUCGGUCGCGCAUGUCACUUGUUGCGGCUGGCAAUCGACGCUACGCAAGGGAAGGCUGCCAAAGAACUUCUUCAAGGUAAUGGGGCACUAGCGUUAAUCGAAUGCCAGCAACACCUUCUAGCAAUUUUAGUACCGGACGAUAAUCCAGCCCCGCCAAAGGCGCUAGUUGCAAGCUGCGCCUUCACUAGUUGCCUUUUCCACGUACUUCAGGUGUUGUGCGACAGACUGGCAGUGACACCUGAUAUCGGCGACCUACGAGGAAGGGUCGUUGAUUUAAUUAGCUACACCGUCAGCGUUGGAAUCCUUGAUAAGCUUAUGUAUUACUUCACGUAUAUUCAGAGACCACGGGACUGUGAAUCACAAGUUGUAUCCGAUACAUUGUUGCACGCAUUGCAUUUCGUGGCUGGUCUCGUCCGUUUGCUAGCUGCGGUAGAAAAUAACGGAACCGUUACCCAAGCCCAGACCGCAUUGUCUGACGAGGCACCCUCUGAUAGUACCCAACUAUUAUUUACUUUGCGUCGUACAGAUGCAAUGGGCGUUGUGGCCUUGUUGUAUUCAACGUUGCUGUGUCAAGGGGCUACACCUCGGGGCAAAGAAGACAAUGGUGUCCCGGCCCGAAUGCCCCAAAGACAGGUCGGAAUCACGCUGGCAGCGUGUCAUCUUCUUACAAAUCUGGCCAGCGCCGAACUUUCUACCUUUCAAGAAGUGCUGGGCAGAGAAGGCGUAUCGCUUCAAAUCCGCCAUAUUGCUAGCUACUUGCUGUGGUACUGCAGUCAUCACGUCCAGGAGGUUGAGGAACGGAAGUUGCUUCAUCAGGUCCUUCUGUUAGUGGGAUUCUUCGCUGUGGACAAUCGAGAUAAUCAGAAUGUAAUCCACACGGGAGGCCAGCCAACCGUCUUACAAAUGCUCUGCAAGCUUCCCUUCGACUACUUCUGUGAUAAUAUGUUGCGUGAUAUUCUUAUCCCAACGCUGCUAGCGUGCUGCAGCCUAAAUGAACAGAAUACGUUGUUGCUUUGCGAAGAGAUCUCUCCUGUCAUGCUGCUAACCUAUCUCGAAGAAAAAAUCCAGGAAUCAAGUGACGCAGAAUUGCCUAAGAUUACCAACGACACAUCGGCAAGGGUCACAGCAUCGCAGAUUCGUCGUGACAGGCCCAAUGGAGUGUGGGCGUUUAACAAGCGCUUCCCCCAACGACUGUGGCCGGAUGCGCUAGAAUUUCUUCGCAAAACAGGGUAGACCAAAAGGAAAAUAAAAGGUCAACAAAUAUGUACAGGGAAUAAUCACAUUUAUUAAUAUUUCUCACUAUAACCAUAAUAAAUUACAUCGGUUAGUUUCUAUCGGUUGAUCAUGAAAAUGAAUAAAGUCAUGUUGACUCGUAAUAACAGCAAUAACACGACUGCAUUGGGUCACAAGUCUCGCGGUCAACUCUUUCGGUUGAGUCAGUGGAACUAUUCGAUCCGGUUCAACCGGGUUUUUGGGGAGUAAAAAUUAUGUAGUUGUCUCAUAAAAGCACCCGACACUUCGACUAAAAUCUGAGAGAUCCUGACUCGACCGUGCUGCAACACAGACACAUACUACGAUAUAUACAAAUAUUCCAAAAAGGUUCAUUGUUCUAUUUAUUAAGUCGUUAUUAGCUUUAUAAUUACGUACUACUACUACUACUGUUGAGUUACAUGUUGUAAAAUUAAACUGUGUCAAAGUAGUCACUUGUGUGCAACAUAUAAUUAUUAGUAUCUUUGUGAGAAGAAUGAGAAAACGUGCUAAAAAGUUCCCAUGCGUAGCGUAAAGGAUGACCAGUCAUAGGCAUUAUAAUCCACAUAUCGCGGCUUGCCAGAGAACUCGUAGAAGAUUUUGUCUGAAGAUAUCCUCCAAAUAACAAAAGUCGUCGUUACGACUAUCAAGUCAUGGUACUACCGCCAGAUGAUACCAGAGGGAUGACAAAUUAUAGGAACAUGAUCAACUUGUUAUCGGAUCGCAUAAUGAAAUUGAGUAUGUAUUUAUAUUUAACCACAGAAGAAGUCUCUGUUUUCUAGACGUCAAACAGAAAACGAGGUCAAUGAAAGAUACAGUAGAAACGAUAUGUUGUAGACCUCAAAUUUGUUAGACCCUUGUACAUUUAUUUGACGAUGGUCAGUGUUAAGAACAUACUCACGAGGAGCAACGUAUCCAUCAGGGCUCAAUUCAAAGUACCUUUACUCACGGAGGAAAUAUGAUACUACAAGAUUAUUAUAACGAUAAUUAUUAGCAAUUGAUGCAAUUAAGUGUUUCUCAUCUAUUAACAACAUCACCAGGUAUAGUCAAUUAACGAUGUUUCAGUUCUGGGCUGGUCCAACAAGAUGAAUAGUAUCAUGAAGAAACUUCUGAUUGUAUCUUCGCUGAACCUUUCUUUGACUCUAUGGGUAAACGAGUUUCGAUAACGGACUCCAAACUUUUGAAAAAAGUAUGAACUGCUAAGCAUAGCUGAGCGUGGCUUAUGGCGUCGAACUUAUAUUGCAUUGCCCAUCCUGCCAAAUCGUAGCAUGUUUUGUUGAAAUGGUCAGGAGGGCACCUGUGAGAAGAACAACAGGGAGCUCCGACAACGCUCUGUUAAUGAUAAAGAAGAGUGAUAAGAAAAACCUGUUGUUAAAUACAUGGGUCGUAUAAUCUAGUGGUAUAGGAACAUUUAACUAGAAAUGUCCUUAGUGAUCAGUUCAAAUCGUACUUCUAAUUAAAAUACCAGAUCCUGUAAGUCAGUUUGAUUCGUUCAUCUUUGAAAGCGGAUGAAGGGCACACAUUUUCUUCGAACACACAUUUUUAUGGCAUAGUUGGGACUGCGAUAUAUUAGAUUCUAUAUUAUAAAUAAGCCAGUGGUGCUGCAUGAAAUUGGUCAGUCCUGGGAAAACAUUUUCAAAUUCUCGUCAUGGCUGCACUGAUAGAUUCGCUUGUUGUAUUCACUUGAGACUUCAAUUAAAGGGCAUUACCACUAAGCACAUACCUUUUAUAUAGUCUUAGCGAUAGUCCUCUAUAAGUAUUAUGUAAAUCUAACAAAAUCCGCUGUUGAAUAGAGAUGAGAAUAGUAGCAAACGAGACGCUCUCCCCUAUAUUGUCCAAAUGCGAUCGGUUUAACAUGCUCGUUUCAGACGUGCUUCGAGUAUGGCAAACGUGCAAUUGUGCCGUUGCAUCGUCAUCGCCAUUAGUGUCUAGAUCAUACAAUCGAUGCCGCUGUAUGAAUGAUGCAAACGCGCACAAGUCUGCAUGCACCUGACAGGAACGCUUUCACGUUUCCCUUUCUUUCUAUAAGUUAAAACAAAGCCAUCAUGUAUAUAUCCAAAACGAUUUCCAACAAUACGGGGUAUGUUUAACGGGAAACCUAAGGAAAAGGUCAAAAUAGCUCCAGGUCCAGUGAUGACUACUUGGUCGAAAGGGUAGACCUAUGAAGGUGAAUUGGCACAUACUUGUGCGGUAUAUGCGCGGGACUGUACUAUACCAACUUUUCAUUGUCUUUUCAGAUAUCUGCUUAAGACAGGCCGUACAAUGCAGGCAUUCUGUAAUGCAGGAAUUCAUAUAUAGACAACGGUCUUUGCGGUGUACUCAUAAAUGGAACUUCAUUUGCACAUCUGAUAAGCAGCAUCGCAAUUUGCCAUAGAUUAAAAAUUACUGGAAGAGGAUGCCGGGAGCUCGUAAUGGCCUAAAUAUGACGUCGCAGGCAGUAAAUUAAUAAUGUAAACAACAUUUGCGUGGAUACCUUUUCGGGUCUUCUAAUGCACGAUUGUGAUGAUCAGUUAUGGCUCUAUGUAAAUAGCAAUAAUCACAAUAGAAGAAGCGAUAAUAACCCCGAGAAAAAACUGUCUCAGGUAUAUAUAUAUAUAUAUAUAUCUGGAGCUUAGGUCUACUAUUUGAUGAAUGCAUCUAGCAAUAAAUAUAGUGUUUUUUAAUUGAGAUCUGUAUUUAUUUUUAUUUAUCGGGAGCUUAUUAUAGGCGUGUAGAGCAAACAAAAAAUAUUCAUACAACACUUCAUAGACCCAAGCGAUUUUUUAAGCCAUGAAAAGCAAAGGCGUUGUACAAUAGGUUCAUUAGCCAUGGGUUUGCAGUGGUAAAGUGCUUGCUUAUUCUACCGAGUUCCAGGUUCGUUUUAUGUUUAAAGAAGCCACUGGUCUGAAGGAAUGCGUAGCCAAUGCGCAAACGUCGAACAUUUUUCAUACAACUUUGAUACGUGCAUAUUAAAAGCCAUAACAUAAACUUUGAAAAUGCCUAACCUUAAAGCACUCGUUAAACAAUGAAGCACUAAACUUGCAGCCAUUUUUUGUAUACCUACUCCUGUCAAAAACCGAUUCCUAAAAAUUUUAUUAUUUUUAAAGUAAAUCGUAGAUUUUUGAUAGUAUGAAGUCGGGAUAGAUAACGUUCGAAUGUGCAAAUUUCUGAAAGGGUUCAUAAUAGGUUCAGUAUUCGGGCCCAGUACGACGCAUCAAGACUGAUCUUGUCUGUCGCCCGGAAUACCCUUGAGAGUAAGUUCGUUAAUUAGUGGUUAAAUAAAAUCCAGAAAGGACUUAUGUCAACGUGCAGCAAGUGGUCAAUAUAUAGGGAAAAAUGAGGCUCUUUAGGUAAACAUUUGCAAGACGCUAAGGUUCAGAAGAAUGACCACCACAAACGAAGAGAAAACUUCACCUGUGUGUUUCCUAUUUCGUAACUUAUAAUAGAAAAUAACAGUCCAUGAAUUUCCUAGAAAUUAUCAAUCGAGGAUAGGUAUGUCGCUAGCGUCAAAGCACUGCUAUUGCUAAGCCCGUUUGUAGAAUCCUAGGAAGCGUAACAUUUAAUCUUUCGAAGGGUAAAGAAUCUGAAGUAAUUGUCCAUUGCGCUCCAUUUAGCACUGACCAACCGAAUGAACAGUUAGAGUUAUAUAGGUGUGUGAUACAAUCGUAGACGAUUGUGUUUUCCUUCGGCUGCGUACUAUGAAAAUGCCGUUGUUACAGGCCCUGUUAAAAGGAAGCCUAGA